CGACCGGAUGGUGACGAAUCAUGCUUGUUUGCACAAAUUUCCACACAUCAAGUCGCAUUUUCGCACCAGUUGUGGGUGGGUCUGUUUCGCGGAAAAAAAAAGAAUGGUUUCCCCCAAAACAUUGACCACGAUUGGGCAAGCCUUUGCCUAUUUGAUCAUUGUGACCGGGGCGUUUCAAUUUUCGAAAGCAGUGCCGCAGCUCGCGAAGGGCCCUAGAAGUGAUGUCCUCGUUGGGCUCAUUGGCAUGGGAUUUAACCUUGCAUGGAUUUGCAUGACGUUUGGUUGCAUCAUGAGCAUCAAGAAGAAAAAUUUGCAAUUUGCCAAAAUCUACUACAUUUUUUUCAUCGUGUGCAACGUCGUUGGCAUAGUACUGUACAUUAUUUCGCUUCACAUCGAGGAUGAUUCUCACGUUCAUUUGGAUGGUGUUUCAACAAGUGUGUGGGUGACAACCCUCAUCGUUGCAGUUCUUGCAUUGGCCAUGCUAGCUCUUGGCAUUUGGAUUCUGAAUGGCGUGAUUCGGUACAUAGAAACUGAAAAGGAAGCCCAACAAAUGGUCGCUUAAAAUGCCCAGGGAAUGCAAACGGAGCUCAUUGAAAUGACAAGGAAAUAAGAAAAAAAAACUUAAGUGUUCUUAGUGUAACCGAUUUCUGUAUGAAACCAUAAACGUUAAAUUGCUCUAUCAUCAAAACAAAGUGAAAAUUGUGUUAUUGCCAUUGAAUCUGCAUUUUGCAGUCAGAAAUUUACAUUGAUUAAGUAUGUGUUCAAAACUUGUUAAAGUUUUGAAUUUUAUAGUAAGUGAACCAUUGCCAGCUUCCCGUAUGGGAAAGGGAAAGAGUGCGCUGACAUUUCCAAAGUUAAUUUAGAGGCAAAUUUUACUCAAGGACGUCGAGGAUUCGAGGGUUCUGAUUGCUCCUAAACGACUCGCGACCACAAAUUGAAAGCGACAAAAAACUGCUCUGACCGUUUCCUACCGUUCGUCGCUUCCACACCAAUCGUUACAGAAUACUCUCUCUUUGCUCUCCCUCUCACUUCAAUCGGGUAGUACAGCGAAUGGUUCAGAGAGACCGAUUGCGUUAUGUCGCUCAGUCUCUGAGUCGAAAUAGUUUGCGAUCGGCUUUGUUUUACUCAGUUUUUUAACUGCUUAAGAUCUAUUUUAUCAAAAAUGUUUUGCAAUUUUGUUGAUAACACAACAUCACAGACAAAUAUACAAGCAAUUUCCAUCAUGCCAAAUACAAAUUUACGGCAAAGUGUUUUGUUGGAUUCUCUCCUCUUUGAACGUAUUCGUGUGUGACUCGGGUUAACGGACGGAGCGGGCAAAGCAAUUCACGAAGUAUUUGUGUCGCUGGGAGAAGCGAUUGAGCAAGUCGCUGGCAGCCUGAGUGUACUGUUCGCUCGCGACUGGUUGCGAGCUCCAGUCGCCAAAGGUUCGCUCGGCGAUGAGUGAGUGAUUUCUGAUGUUUGAACCGAAAAUCAGGACCCUUGCGAGGAAUUUUGAGAGAUUUUGUGGGAGAAAAUAAUGUGUGACUUAUUAUUUAUUUUGGAAAUUUGUCUGGGAUAACCUUAUUUUUAACAUAUCAUUUUUUACUAAACCAAUUAAAGCAAGCCAAUGCCGUCUAUUUGAGAAUGUCCUUCAAAACUUUUCAAAGUGAGUUUGAAAAAAAAAACUUCUCUGCUUUGACUGAAAAAGUUGCAUAGCACUGUAAAAGUGAUGAAUUUACGCAUUUUUAGAGGUAAUUUUUUUUUCUCAUGGAAUAGAUGUAGCCAUUCCCAGAGGUAAUAUUACCAUUGUUAUCAUUUUUAGUGCACCCCUUUCUAGAUGUAACAUUACCAUGAUUUUAUUUAGUGUUCGGUUAGAACAGACACCAAACCGCAGUCCCGAACUUUUCACUCGACGGUACACAGUUGAAAAAGGAUGAAAAUUUGAAAGGUUGAUAAUAUUUAUGAUUGAUUUUUUUUUUCGAACCAUGAUGAGCUUAGUAAAGAAGUAUUCAAAAUACUUCAGGAAGUAGUUUUCAACCAUUUUUUUUUAUUUUUUAACUAGAAUAAUGAAAGCAUUGAUAAAUAGGAUUAUAUCUGUAAAAAAAAUUCUCAAAGCAAAAAAGUACGAAUGGGAAAAUGGACGGCAAUAUCGGAUUCUUUGGAAAAUUUUACACUUAGAACAGUUGAAAUUAGUUUCUGAGUAAAAAAAAAUAAGUGUCAUUGAAACAGAAUUUAAAAAUAUCUUCAGAUUUACAGGCAUUUUUGUAGAACAAGAUUCUCAGUAAAUUUUGAAAAUAUAUAAUUCAUGCUACAAAAUUUGUGUUGUAAAUAAUGAAUUUUCAACGAAUUUUAAUCAAACUUGGAACUCUUUACCUCAAAUUUAUAAACAUGUUAUUAAAAGUUCGUAGAUUUCGUUGAACAAACAUUCAAUUGUAAAUUUUACAAUUUAAACAUCAAAAGACAUCUUAUUAAUGACCAAUUUGACGUGAUACACUCGAUUUACGUACUUUUAGGCUGAUAUUUAAAAAAACACAUUUACUGUCAAUGUCACCCCAGUUUGUAAAAUAUCAAGUUUCAACUAAACUAUUUUUUGAAGCACUGUUGAUAUUUAUAUUUUUUAUUUUUCAAAAUACGUGCAUGGACAUUGUGAGUCCUAGUCCAGUGCAUGUUUUAAAAAUAUGAUGCUUAAGAUAAGGCUUACCGUUUUAAUUAUAUUUCAGAAAUAAAUUGAAACCAUAUCAAUCUCACCCCGAAUAAAGAACAUGACUCAUGAAAAGGUAAAUUUUACACAUUUAAGAAGUAAUAACCAUGUUUUUCUGACACAAAAUCUGCGAACAACCCUCGUUGUAAUAAAAUCAUGUUGUUUUUUCAAUGUGAUAUGUAAAACAAAUAUAAAUAAUCAAUGCACUCUAUGGGACUAUAUUGAUGUUAACACUGCCUUAGAUCAGGGCAUAAUAAACAUAAUAAAGUGGAAAGUCAACCCAAAA